UUCCGCCGUUCACUUGACCUCCAUGCGCACGUCUAUCCAGGCGUGGAAGGAAAAGUCAGCCAUUUUGAUGGGUGAAAUUUCGGUGGCAGUCGGGAUAUAAACAUGGAUAAUACACGUUAUACAAAGGGAUGAGAUGACAAUAAUGGUCACAGGCUCAAAAACUGAUUUACUGUGGACAUAUUAGUCCAUGUUUCGUUGGAUUUCUGUGUGGACUAGCACUGCUAAGUGUUAACGUUCUCGCUUCCUGCAGUGCGAUUUGCCUGGAGUUUCAGCCUUAGCGACUUGCUUUUCGGGCGAAGUCCGGCGGAGCUCGAGUCGCUAGUGCAUUUAUUCAGUGCGGAUGUGCUUGGACAUUGAUGUUGAAUUUGUCUGCAGCUUUGUGAUAAAGGAUAGUUCACAGUAAUCUUGAAAGGAACGCCUAUUUAAGCUUUAGUCCAUCAAUUAUAAAUUCAAAAUGUCGGCCGCAGCCAGAGUUCCUCUUCAGACGGUUCAUGAGUCUGUCACUGUUGAUCGACAUGGUGGUGACGAUGUCAACCCAAGCAUUCUGCACCCUUCUGUGCCAAGAAAUCGCUCAGAUGAACCGCACAUUGGCAAAUAUCGUCUUAUAAAGACCAUUGGGAAGGGAAAUUUUGCAAAAGUCAAAUUGGCCAAGCAUGUACCAACAGGGAAAGAGGUUGCAAUCAAGAUCAUUGACAAGACUCAGCUGAAUCCUUCAAGUCUUCAAAAGCUUUUUCGUGAAGUCAGAAUUAUGAAGUUGCUGGACCAUCCAAAUAUCGUGAAGAUCUUCGAGGUCAUAGAGACAGAGAAGACACUUUAUCUUGUCAUGGAGUAUGCCAGUGGAGGUGAGGUCUUUGACUACCUUGUAGCCCAUGGAAGGAUGAAGGAGAAGGAGGCCAGAGCUAAGUUCAGACAGAUUGUUUCUGCCGUUCAGUAUUGUCAUCAGAAGCACAUUGUACAUAGAGAUUUGAAGGCUGAAAAUGUGCUCCUUGAACGAGACAUGCAUAUCAAAAUUGCCGAUUACGGCUUUAGCAACGAGUUUGUGGCGGGACAGAAACUGGAUACUUUCUGUGGUAGUCCACCCUAUGCAGCACCUGAAUUGUUUAUGGGCAAGAAAUAUGAUGGGCCAGAAGUUGAUGUUUGGAGUCUGGGAGUUAUUCUAUACACACUUGUCAGUGGGUCACUUCCCUUUGAUGGUCAAAACCUCAAGGAACUACGGGAAAGGGUGCUGAGAGGGAAAUACAGGAUUCCUUUCUACAUGUCAACAGAUUGUGAAAAUCUUCUUAAAAAAUUCCUUGUUUUGAAUCCUCAGAAGAGGUUAAGUCUUGAGACUAUAAUGAAGGACAAGUGGAUGAAUAUAGGUUAUGAGGAUGAUGAACUAAAACCUUAUGUAGAGCCUCCUCCAGACAUAAAUGAUCCAGUAAGAAUAGACAUGAUGAUUAACAUGGGAUACAGUCGCAAGGAGAUAGAAGAGUCGCUGCGCUUGCAGAAAUAUGAUGACAUUCAUGCCACAUAUUUGUUGCUGGGUAGACGCACAUCAGAUGUGAGUCUUGAAGGCAGUGAUCGUUCUGGCAGCAACCUUUCGCUGCAGCAGAUCCGCAUGCCAUCGAAUAGGCCUCAUAGCGAUAAUAAUGCUCCUAGCCAGUCUCCGAACAAAGUAACUCGUUCACAGUCGGCUACAAGCAGUUCUGGCUCUCAGAAACAUCGGCGUUACAGCCAUGGCGGCGAAAACAAUGGAACAUCAAGCACUUCCAGUACGCCAGUGUCUGCACAAGGAUCUGCACGGCGCCAAAACACCAUUGACACAACAACUACGAAAGAGAGUGCCCUGACAGCACGCAUGUCAAAAACAUCAUCUGGAGGUUCAGAUACAGUGGAAUCACCUAAGAUACAGUCUGGGCGGACCGGCAUGAAUCAAUCUGCCUCCAGCAGUAAAGACAGUAUGUCCUCUUCUUCCACCACUCAACCCAAGAACCCCUCCAAGGGAUCCAUAGACUCACCAAAGAUGUCUGCCCGAAAGAACAUGAAUCAUUCUACUUCUUCAUCAUCUAAAGAGAACACUUCUUCCUCGGGGCGACCCAAGACAGCAUCUAAGAGUUCUGUUGAUUCACAAAAGAUCACACCUACAGGAACACGAGCCACUAUGCCUACACGCAAAAGUCCCCACACACCAGGUGCAGGAACACCAUCUGCUUCCAGUUCGGCUUCCUCUGCAUCAACAGGGGCAAAAAAUGCUGUGAUGACACACAGUCACAGCACGGGUAUUCCUCGACGUAGUACCUUUAGUCCUGGAGAUAACCGCUCUCAGCCUGUUGUUGACAAGACCAGGCCAACGAAUGGACAAGACAUUCGCAGUCAUUUACCCAAUGCCACAAGCGCCACAUCUGAUGCUGCUCCUGCCCCAGCUGUCCGACCAAAAGGACACGCAAAGUCUGCCAGCAUGUCACAGUCAGCUCGAGCUGCUGACUUACCACCUCUUGCAGGAGAUUCCACUGAGUACAGACCUACGACAGCUCCUAGCAAAUCGUUAGCAGUAUCACCAAGUGCAAAGGGCCCUAACUUGCAGCGUGGCACAGUAGCACGCAAUACAUUCCAUGGCAAGGAUGCACGAAGGCAGGUACAGAAUCCAUACAAUGGACCUAACACUGUUCCCUCACAAACAGUGGAUACUUCUUCUGUUGGAUCGGGGAAUACUAGGCCAUCUUUCUUUAACCGAAUCCAGCAAAAAUUUAGCCGGAGACUGACAGCUGUAUUUUAUACACAAAUAACUGACUCAGGAUUACAGUAUUCUCCCCAACUGCACGCCUCAGGGGCAGGGCGACCCAGGCAACUCCAAUCAAUGAAUGAGCGUGAUCCAGAUGGUAUAAAGCCACGUUCUUUGCGUUUCACAUGGAGCAUGAAGACAACAAGUUCGAUGGAUCCCAAUGAAAUGAUGAAGGAGAUCCGUAAAGUGUUGGACGCAAACAACUGUGACUACGAGCAGCGUGAACGGUUCCUUUUGCUUUGUGUGCAUGGCGACCCCAACACUGAUAGCUUGGUGCAAUGGGAGAUGGAGGUAUGCAAGCUGCCACGUCUUUCUCUCAAUGGUGUGCGGUUCAAGCGCAUCUCUGGCACUUCCAUAGGCUUCAAAAACAUUGCCUCUAAAAUUGCAAACGAACUGAAACUAUGAGAGUUGCUUGGAAGUAGCUGUUGCCUGGUGCGAGUGGUACUUCUGUUAGUCUUGAAAACCAAGCACUUUCCUUUCCCAUUUUUAAUGCAGGAGAAAUUAUAUGAAGCUGUGAGAAGAGAUAGCUUUGAAUUCUCCAUGCAUUAGGAUAGGUUCAUGAGAGACAAAGGUACUGUUGGUACAAGCAACUCGACUGGUGGUCUCAUAAAAGGUUUUCAUUUUUUGGCAUAUCUGUGUUGCAAAGCAUCAUGUCAUUGGAGUGACGUUCCUUUCACAAGCUAGAUUUCUCACCAAUAUCAUGAUAUACUGCCCCCAAGAGAUCGAAAAGACACAGGCGACAGGAACCAAGUUUGACCAAACAUGGAGCAGUCGUGGUCUAGAGUACUUGGGUCAUUCCAUGUAGUAACCAGGACCUCGUCUGUGUUGGUUUGUGCUUGCAGAUUUGAGGCCAUUUCCUGUUGCAAAGAGCUGAAAUGCUUUUAAUCUUCCAUAGUGUUGUGCCAGGUGGUGGUGUUAAAAAGACUUUAAAGCAGUAUGCAUGUUGAUACUCCUGUAAACAAACCUGGCUGCAAACUGUGGAAAAUUAAACCCUUGGAAAGCGAACUGUACAAAUGUUGUGUAUACAUGUUUUUCUUCCCUUUCCACUGUACAUGUAUUAACAGACUGAAAGGACAGUGCUGUGUAUAUAGUUGAAAUCUUUGUGCUCAUUCUAUAGUUCUCAUCGUGUGUGCAUGUGUGUAUACAUGUGGUGACUUUUUCUGCAUAGGAACAAAUGAUGAAUGUUAUUGAGGGAGGGGUGUAGACAGUUUUAUUGCAUUUGUGCACUUGUUUUGUGUAUAAGGUUUACGAGAUAAACAGAUGCACAUUUUGCAUUGGCUUCAUGAAACCAAUCAUUUGACUAUGCAGUUCAUUGGUUCUGUCAUCACCAGGGUGUCGAUUAGGUCUACAUGUAGGCCAGUUUUGUACGCGGGAGUUAUCAUCAACAGUUAAUUUGUUUCACAGCAUAUUUAUUAUGUACAUUCUGUCUUAGUGUGAUAUAUUUCCACGUUCCUCAUCCAGAUGAGCAAAGUUUUUAGAUGACUGAACAUGAAUAAAUGGUCUUAAAGUGUGA